AAUGCUAAUUUUUUGAUUCAGUACUAGUCGCCACUUUGUUCUAUACGGAGAUUUUCAAAUGAUUUCCAAACUAAUUUUACUUCUCUUCACUGUUCACUCGAUAAAUUUGGCUGUUAUACCCAAUGGAAAAGAAGUGGAAAGACUAGGGCAGUUAUUCGCUACCUCCUUGAUCUAUCGCCAUGGUGAUAGGAAUCCAGUUGCUAUGUAUCCUGGAGAUCAAUACAACUUAGCAUAUUGGCCGGAAGGAUGGGGGCAACUAACGAACUUGGGAAAACAGCAACAGUUCAAUUUGGGUCAAUGGUCUCGGGCUCGCUAUAUAAAUUUGCUUGGCAGUACGUUCCGUGCUAAUGAGAUUUAUGUUAGAUCUUCUGAUGUAGAUCGUACAAUUAUGAGCGCGAUGGCUAAUCUAGCUGGUCUUUAUCCACCAACGGGUAAUCAAGUUUGGAACAAUAAUUUACCAUGGCAACCGGUUCCCGUACAUGUUGUUACAUCUGAAAGUGAUUACAUAACCAACGGCGGUGUAGUUUCGUGUCCUGCCUACGACAAAGCGUAUAACGAAUUUCUGCAGUCGGAUGUGGUGAAGAAAAUGGACCUGAUAGCGCAGCCAUAUUACGAUUAUCUCACAGCAGCCCUUGGUACACCCAUCAACGACUUUUUGAAUGUGUUGAUGAUUCGUGAUGCGUUGUACAUCCAAAAUCUCUAUAAUUUAUCGCUUCCUGCAUGGUCAAAAUCCAUAUUCCCUGGCAAUAAAAAAUUCGAUGAAACGGCUCUCACAUAUUACUACCUAUCUAGUGGCACCCAAUUCCUUUCGAAAAUUAGAAGUGGAUUCUUGUUGAAAGAUAUUUUGGAUAGAUACAAGUCGAAAGCCGCUACUGGCUUUACAUCAGACCUAAAAUAUUAUGCGUACAGCACUCAUGACUCGGUCGUAUCAAACUUUCUGAAUGCCUUAGGUGUGUUCGAUUAUAAAUUCGUCCCGUAUGCAGCUGCCAUUAUAAUGGAGAUGAGGUACUAUCAGAACGAAUUCUACGUGCUUUUGUAUUAUAAAAAUUCGGAUGCGAAUCCAGAACCGAUUGACAUACCUAACUGUGGCCAAGCAUGUCCGUUGUCAAAGUGGUAUCAACUCUACGACGGAAUUUUACCUAAAAGUGAUUAUAAAACUGAGUGUCUGAUUAAAUGAGAAAAUGAUUACGAAGUAAUGGUUGCAAUAA